AGCCGCCGCGGGAGCCCGGGAGGGGGGCGGAGGCGAGAGGAGGCGGUAGCACCGGCCAGCGCACCAUUCGCUCCACCUGAUCUGGGGCGCUGUGCGCUGAGCCAAGCGCGCGAGCAGCAGCAGUAGCAGCGAGGCAGGCAUCCCCUGCAACCAGAGCCACCACCAUGUCCUACCAGGGCAAGAAGAACAUUCCUCGGAUCACGAGUGACCGUCUUCUAAUCAAGGGAGGGAGAAUCGUCAACGAUGAUCAGUCCUUUUAUGCUGAUAUUUACAUGGAGGAUGGCUUGAUAAAGCAAAUUGGAGACAAUCUGAUUGUCCCUGGAGGUGUGAAGACCAUUGAGGCCAAUGGGAAGAUGGUGAUGCCUGGAGGCAUUGAUGUCCAUACCCACUUCCAGAUGCCUUACAAGGGGAUGACCACAGUGGACGAUUUCUUCCAAGGGACAAAGGCUGCCUUAGCGGGAGGAACCACCAUGAUCAUUGACCAUGUGGUACCUGAACCUGAGUCUAGCCUGACCGAGGCCUAUGAAAAGUGGCGUGAGUGGGCUGACGGGAAGAGCUGCUGUGACUAUGCUUUGCAUGUGGACAUCACCCACUGGAAUGACAGCGUCAAGCAAGAGGUGCAGAACCUCAGUAAGGAAAAAGGCGUUAACUCCUUCAUGGUUUACAUGGCAUACAAGGAUUUAUAUCAAGUGUCCAACACAGAGCUCUAUGAGAUCUUCACCUGCCUGGGAGAACUGGGGGCCAUUGCUCAAGUUCAUGCCGAGAAUGGAGAUAUCAUUGCCCAGGAGCAGGCACGAAUGCUGGAAAUGGGAAUAACAGGCCCAGAAGGUCAUGUUCUGAGCAGACCGGAAGAGCUGGAAGCUGAGGCUGUGUUCCGUGCCAUCACCGUCGCCAGCCAGACCAACUGCCCCCUUUAUGUCACCAAGGUCAUGAGCAAGAGCGCGGCUGAUCUCAUCUCACAAGCCAGGAAGAAAGGAAAUGUGGUCUUUGGCGAGCCCAUCACUGCCAGCCUGGGAAUAGAUGGAACCCAUUACUGGAGUAAGAACUGGGCCAAGGCAGCUGCAUUUGUGACAUCCCCACCUCUGAGCCCUGACCCAACCACACCUGACUACAUCAACUCCUUGCUGGCCAGCGGAGAUCUGCAGCUCUCUGGAAGUGCCCACUGUACCUUCAGCACUGCCCAGAAAGCCAUUGGGAAGGACAACUUCACAGCUAUCCCUGAGGGCACCAAUGGCGUGGAGGAGCGUAUGUCUGUCAUCUGGGACAAGGCUGUGGCCACAGGGAAGAUGGAUGAAAACCAGUUUGUGGCUGUGACAAGUACCAACGCUGCCAAGAUAUUCAACCUGUACCCUCGCAAGGGGAGAAUAGCUGUGGGUUCUGACAGCGACCUUGUCAUCUGGGAUCCAGAUGCCGUGAAGAUCGUCUCUGCCAAGAACCACCAGUCGGUUGCGGAAUACAACAUCUUUGAAGGGAUGGAGCUGCGUGGGGCACCUCUGGUGGUUAUCUGCCAGGGCAAGAUCAUGCUGGAAGAUGGUAACCUGCACGUGACCCAGGGGGCCGGCCGCUUCAUUCCCUGCAGCCCAUUCUCUGACUAUGUCUAUAAGCGCAUUAAAGCAAGGAGGAAGAUGGCGGACCUGCAUGCAGUCCCAAGAGGCAUGUAUGAUGGACCAGUGUUUGACUUGACCACCACCCCCAAGGGGGGCACCCCAGCUGGCUCUACUCGAGGCUCUCCCACUCGGCCAAACCCACCAGUGAGGAACCUCCAUCAGUCGGGAUUUAGUCUGUCAGGCACCCAAGUGGAUGAGGGUGUCCGCUCAGCCAGCAAACGCAUUGUGGCGCCCCCUGGAGGCCGUUCUAACAUCACAUCCCUGAGUUAAGCAAGCCCUCCCAAAGAGGGAGGCAGAAGCAAGAAGAAGAAAAAUUUGAAGCCAAAAUGGUACACCGAUAAUUAAGAAAGAGCGUGGAUCCAAAAAGUUGCGAUCUAAAGAAUCACUAAGCCUCAAGCCUUAUGUUUCCCAACGUUUUGCUUGCUUGCCUAGCUUUAUGAAUUGCUUUGAUUUCUGUUUAUGCAUCGCACUCUCAAUUUCCUCCCCCAUCCCAACCCCCACUUACAUGCAUGCGAUCAGACAGGCCACUAAGGUAGAUUCUGUAUAUUAUAGUGUUGAGAGCGUAUAUAGCGCUGCAUCUUAUGACAGAGGACAGACAAAGCUGGAAUGUCGAGAAAAUGAACGAAGGCACGAAGGGUCUUUGGGUGAUUGGGUGGUGGGAGUCCAGGACAAAGUGGAGGGCACAAAGGGACUGGGGUGGGACGUGUACUGGGGAGGUGGGUGGGCUGGGUGAGCAGAAGGGCAUUGUGUGUUGUAUUAAUGAUGUGUGUUAAUUUCCAUGGAAGAUGGGCCACAUAAGGCAGUGAGAUUCUCCAUCACAGUCCCCUGGCAUCUGCAGAGAAGGCAGGAGGAGGUCUUUGGGUUCAGGACUUUGUCAUGUCCUUUCCUAGUAGAUCUUGUUUCUUUAAUCAUGUAUUGAAUGGCAGAGUCCAGCCAUUUCUUCCACCUGUUGAUGAUCCCAGCGUUUACUCGGGCCUCAUUCUCCGGUUGUUUUCUAUUCUUCUGUUCCGGGCUGUGAAGCCCACACUCGGAGGACAAACAGACAAGUCUCUUCCUCUUCAUCUUCUUUGGGGGCUCCUCAAAGGCUGCUAUGGAGAGUGAGCCCCAGCUCUGUUUGGGGGAGAACAGCAAGGCUUAGGCAGUCUUCCUCUCAGCCCUGGGGAGGUACACCUCUCUCUCUCUCUCUCUCUCUCUCUCUCUCUCUCUCUCUCUCUCUCUCUCUCUCUCUCUCUCUCUCAUCUACAAGCUGAGGGGAGGCAUGUGCUCUUGCCUGCUGAGUUAGGCCCAUGGCAGAGACAAAGUCAAGGGCUUCCUUUGUUCACGGUGAAUGCCUAAUCGCUUCAUCUCAGACCCAGACACAUUCAUGAUGUUAUUUCCUUCUGGAGAACUGAGUUUUUCGGUUCUUCCUAAACUUUACUCCCAAUAGUAAUCUCCAAUUCUGCGGGAGUAUGGCAGAGAUUGAGGGAAGCCAGCCUCGAGUACCAGGAAUACACUGUAUAGCCAGGUUUUCAAUUCUAAGCCAAGUGUUUCCUUGUCUGAUAGCAGAUUCCGGGGGCACUAUUUAUUUGGUACUAAUUCUCCAGGGUGAUGUGUACAAAGCAACAGGAUGUGGCUUUCUUGGUGUGUGGUACAUAAGGACAGUGGGCAGUGAUGUUAGCAUCCCCCCCCCCUUUGUCUGUCAGAGUUGAAAGUUCAUGUUCCUAUCACACCAUUUCCAAAACCAAUCGUGAACCAGAUUCUGUGAGCAAGGCAAGGGUCUGUAGAAGCCAGGAUACUUUCCUGCAGGAAACAUGGUAGCAACCUUGGCUCAGACUUCUGUGCUCCACGGGCCCACUUAGUGAGAAAUAUCACACUGCACAUUAAGUACUCUGAAGAACAGAGCAGGCCUCAUACACCUUCUAAGUACUUACGAGAAACUGCCGUCUCUGCCUGCAGGUGUUUUGUUUCUUUUUGCUGUUUUUGUUUUUUUGAGGUGGGGGAUUUUUGUUUAUUUCAUUUUGUAGAGCUGGACAAUUGAGUCCAGGGCUUCUCCAGUGCUAGGCAAAACUCUGCCACUGUGCUUCACCCUUACCCCCAAGCCCUGACUGUAGGCUGUAAUAAAACUGAGAACUAGAGAAAUAUGAACAGUUUAGAUACAUAAGCAUUUGGAAAUAGAGGAAGAGAAUUUCCCUGAGAAAGCUAGCUUCUGUUCUAAUCGUGGAAAAGGCUCUCAGACCUCAUACUAGGAAUAUUGCUACUUUAAAGCUCUCAUGGUGCUCUCAUUUUUAAAGGCGACUUUAGCAGAAAAAAACAGGUGGAUGAAGUCUUGAAUUGCAAAUGUCAAAUUUUGGGAUAUAUCCAGGAACACAGAAUGACUUUUAUAUGCAAAGGGAGUUUGCCAGAUCUAAAGCAUGUAUGCUAAAUACCUCAAUAGCCAGGCUUGGCAGCAGCGUAGGUUGUAGUACCAUCUGUGGCCACCAGAUGGAGGAAGAGAUCUGUAAAUGAACUGUAAUUCGGGGCCUCCACAACUGUGUGGUUUCCCAUGCCUGAGACCCCCCAAGGUCUCUCUGGUCAUGAAAAAUAAACUCCUUUGGGUCAUCUGCACUACACUUGGCACUUCCAAAGUGUGUCACUGUGCUGGAACCUUAUGUUCCACUCAGGUGUUCCCUAUGCCAGGAGCAGCUUCUUAAAGUCCUCAAGGUGGGCAGGCGCCAUCUUAGGAUGCGUCGUCCCUUUUUCAUUAUUAGUAGUGCCCAUGCAUAGUAAAUCCUGAGACUUCCUCAGAAGCUCCCCAACUGUUUUCUUAACGCGAGGAUUUUUCUAAGCAACAUGUUACUUGAGUUACAGUCUAAAUGUAAAUUGGUUCUGUUUCAUAGAUAGACAGCCCGUCACUGGGUUUCGGGAAGGAAAGCAACAAUGAGUUGGGCUUCCUCCAAGUUCACUGGCUUGCCAUCCGAGGGUGGUAGAGCAUGCUGGGUACUAUCUUCUCUCAAAGAGCUUUGUCAUCUGGGCUUUCUACCAAGCCCCCUCUAAGAAUACCCUGCAAUCUCCAAACCCCAAGUUAUUUCUGAGCCCUCAAUGGCAAUCUAUUGAAUUCUUCUGAAAGGGCCACGGGCUCAAGUGGUUUAAAAGGUCUCACUGGAGCAAUCAGCUUUCCCAGUGGAGAAAUUUGUUUUUAUUUUUUUUUUGUUUUGGUUGGUUGGUUUUUUUGUUUUUGUUUUUGUUUUUGUUUUUAACUAAUAGGAUUAUAGUCAGCUUCCAAAAUGGCUUUCCUCUAACUUCAAAGUCUAGUGCUUCUUUGGGUCAUUUCUUCAUCAGGAUAUGUAGAGGUCUGCCUCCCAAGGCCUGAAUCCUAACUCUGGACUCCAUUCUGCUCUUUCUAAGCCCCUUCCGAGAGGUGAGUGCUUCCCAAUUUUGCUUCUUGCCACAAGCCUCCCAGAUCUUCUUCCCUAGACAGCCCAGCUUGAGUCCCGAUGCAGUCAUGUGCUGGCCCAUGCAGCCAGCGUUUCUCGUAAUUCCCCUUUGAGACAUGGUGUGUGGGUGUUCAGUUCUGUGUCUGGUGGCUAUGGACAGACAGUGAGUCUCCCUGUGACCUGUGCUAGCUGUGAGGCAGCUCAGAUAUGGAAGAGCUGUUUGGUUUGAACCGUGAAGAAAACUGUGUAUUGAGUUAGCUGAGAAUAAAGAAACAAACAAAAAAGCUCAUCAAGUGACUGUUAAUGUAAACCUGGUUAUUAAAAUAAUUAUAAAAUUAC